CAUUGUCAAAGAGACGGAUAAACAACAUGGCGGCCUCCAGCUGAUAGUGUCAAAAUACAAACAAACCAACCCGACAAUAAAUAUAUGUGAUACUUUCUUCAAAAAAGAUAUUCCAUGACAAUGAGUGCUGCGGAUGUCAUGCCGCCUCGGUUCUCCCCCCAUCAUGGAACUGUUGCUGGAGAUCUUGCUGUCUGCGGUUCUCCUGCAACACGACACAUGCACAGCAACAACACAUACUCAUCAGCAACAAACACACGACCCAGGUCGACACCAGCCUCGUCCCGGGCACACAGCAGUGGUGGUGGACGGAUGAACAGGCCCAAGACUGCUGCCGCCGUCUUGUCUCGGACAGACUGUGACCGGGUGCUGCAGGUGGAGCAGGAGCCAACGCGGCGACACAACUUUGAGAACCAUCUUCCCACCAAACGUAGCAAGCCUCCACCAUGGCAGAAAAACAUGGAGGCUCCCCUGGUGCCGUUUGUCGUGGGGCCAGGCUACAUUCUGUCACGCAGCAAAAGCAAGUUUGCCGUCACACUCAAAGACGAGUUCUUCACCCCACCUCAAGAUGAAAAUCAAAAAAAAAGGCAAGGGGAUAAUGAAAGGGACACCCUGAUAGCCCAGCUCCACCAGCAGAUAUCGGACCUGACUCUGUACCUGGACCACUCUCCCACAUGCUGCACCACUCAUACACACAAAGCAGACCAAACACAGGGUAAUCUCCCACAUGCUGCACUACUCACACACACAAAGCAGACCAAACACAGGGCUGAGGAGUUCAUGCGUGACAAGAUGGAUGAGCUGCACAAUCAACACCAGGACUAUGUCAGGGACUUGGAGGAACAGAACCAGGCCCAGAUGGAGCACCAGAAACAGCAGCUGGAGGCUGAGGCUGGGCAGUUCCGGGAGGCAGCAGAGUCUCAGAUCACUCGCAUGACAAAGGAGAUAGAGUUCCUCCAAGGAGCAUUUGAGUCUUACAAGAGUACACUACACCGAGAGCUUGACGACAAGUGGAGGAUGAAGGAGGAUGAGUUGAGGCACAAGUACGAGGAGGACAAGCAGACCAUGAUGCAUGACAUGAAAACAAAGAUGAUCCAUGAGAAGAAUGUUGAUCGAGUGGCCAUGAUGAAGGAUGCACACAAGCAAAUUGAGGUGCUUAGGAAGGAGCACAAGAAGGAGUUGGAUGCGCUGGUGAGGAGAUUCUCCAACGCUGCAGCAGACAUUGAGAGACUGAAGAAAACAAUGGCUGAACUUGAGGAGACAAAGGCUGACUUGGAACAAGUGACCACUCGCUACAAUGAAACCUGCCAGCAACUCACCAGCACUACACGUCUGCUCACAGACACGAAAGUGCGUCUGCUGGAGUAUGAGGAGCAGUUUCAGGAUAAGGUGCAAGCUGUGGAUGACAAGUACAGACAACAACUGCAGGAGCUCAUGAGGCAGAACACAGAGCUCAGGCGCCAGUACAACAAGAAAUGUGGGGAGCUGUUUGAUGAGAAGGCCAUGUCUGAGAAGGAGAACUAUCAGCGAGUGCAGUCAGCCAAGGAGACCAUGAGGACUCUUAUCAAGGUUAAGGAAAGGUCAAAGGUCAACAUUAGCGCUGCAGACCCAACACUAGAACAGUUAGGACGAGUGCCCAAAGUGCGACCAGGGAGUGCACCAAUUACACGUCAGGAAUCCAAAAGUGCACAUCUGAGUGCUGGAGAAACUGAUCACCUCCAUAAACCUAAAGAAUUUGUACGUCCAGAGACUGUGGUUCCCCAAGAAGACCCAGAGUUGGAGAAAAUUCGUGAAAAGUUAUUUUCGGAGGAAGUUCGAGUAUUCACUAAAGAGGAAAUAAUCAGUGCUCUGGAUUCAUAACCUGUACACUCUCAGUGCUGGUGUACAUCCCGGUAUCCAGGGUUUGUCUUGAGACACACCUUAACUGUUCAGUCUCCUGACUCAGAUUCAAAAUGAAUAGACAUCUAAACAUGAACCUGUAAUCAAUUGUUAGUUGUCACUGAUAUAGUGCACAUCUAUUAACAAGAUUAAAAUAUAUCUGCUGUGGAGAAGGAUCGAUUGACCUGUCUAAAACUACAACGGCAGCUAUGUCUGGAAUACCUUUUCAUGGGUAGUAUUGAAUGGCAUUGAAGAGUAUUCAGGAUAAUAUCUAAUGCCUGACCAUCAGGUCACACAAAUCAGCACAGUUCAUGUCCUGUAAUGUCGUAUCAGGAAACUAUUGUUUUCAGCAGCCCAUCUUUGGUAAAAUUCACCCUGAUUGUUUGUAGGUUUGGCAGCAUCAUGCUGUGGGUUUAACGGAAGUGUAAACGUCGGAGAUCAGCAUCAUUUGGGCUUUCAGUUUCCACAUCCACCUGACAUGUCAUGAUGUAACUGAAACGCUGUUGACAACAGCAUUAAGUCCACUCACUCAUAAUCACAUCACUGACUUCGACAAAAAGACAUAAAUCACAUCUGAUACUUUCUCAGAAAAGAUAGAGGCAACAUAUUCUACACACAGUUGUCUCCCUUUAGAUGUUGUGGAGUGACCUCCCUUUACAAGUUGAUGAGCAGCUAAAAGGAAACUUCAGCUACCAAAUUACUCGAGAUUUAUUCACUUAGAGCAGGUUUUCUUUUGUGCUUUCCAAGAUGUUUCAGAGGAAAGAAACAUAUUAGGUCUGGAUUUCAAUGGAAAUGCUUAGAGGUCCCAUUUUGCUGAACAAAAUGCAAAAUAGGAACUGAUUGUAAAUUGUUUCUAGAUCACUGCAACAUAUCUGAGUAUAUAUGUGGACUGUCAUGGAGGAAGUAGUAUAUAGAUAGAGAUAUUCUUUGUGACAUAGGUAGCUGGGUGCUUUUUCAUUCUUCAGUGUGAUUUGAUUAAUUUCUCAGGUAACCAGAUAUUUUGAUUGAUAUUGAAUUACUACAUCUCAGCAUUGAUUAUUCUUGCCAGGAAAUUCACAGUAAAUAAGCCACAUGGGCUUUUCUUUAAAAAAUACAAAACAAAUUGUACUUUAAAAUAUCAGAAUUUGUCAUACAUUGAUAUUCCUUUGUUAUACAUGUUUCUGAAUUAACAUAAGAUUUUCUGUCAUGAUUAUUUCUGCUGGAUCUACAAGGUACAUGUAUUAACACUUAUAUUUUCCAUACCUCCUGUUUACAUGUUGAUUGAUCAUGUCAAUGAAAGCAUUUCUGUGAUUGAAGAGAAUCCCUUUGCCAUUCCAUGAAACCUUUAUUCAUGUAUUGUAUUCUUAUCUCAUGUUACGAUUGUUUUUUAAGAAUAAACUUUUGUGCUUGUUA